AUGCAUAAAAGAAGGGCUAAAACCAUGUAAAAUGCAAGUACAUCAGUCGACCGCGGGCAAUGUUUCCCGGGUCGUGAUUGAUCGGCCGACGGUUUGGACUUUGGCCGAGACUUCAGACGGACGGACGUAUUUGGCCGAGCGCGGAACAUGUUCGUUCCUCGGCCAGCCGGACUGCGCGGUUGGGCGCUGA